AUGCAUCGUUCGCGAAGUCUCAAUCUUCUAGAAUUUGAUCCUGAAAUCGAAGGGACUUUCCGAAAGAGGCUUAGAGAACAAAACGAGUUGAAAAGACAACAACGAGACAUGGAGCAUCAAGAAGGUCAUAUGGACCCUCUUAUUCGACAUGAACAAGCUCCUCGGGAUGGUGUGCCACCUGGUUUUGAUAAUCAAGCGGGCAGGGAUUUUCUGAACCGCCCUGUCGUUGAGAACCAGGCGAGUAUCAUUUACCCAUCAUAUGGACAUCCUAACUUUCAACUACGACCGGAUGUCAUUAAUCUAUUCUCCAAUUCUUUAUCAUUCUAUGGUAGAAUAGAUGAAAACCCACACGCUCACAUCGCGAGAUUCAUGGAAAUUGUUAGCAAUUUCACAUAUGAAGGUGUGAAUGAUGAGGUUAUAAGAAUGAGGUUAUUCGUGCAUACUCUGAAAGAUAAGGCAAGAGAGUGGAUUGACACUCUACCUUCGAGGAGUAUCACGAGUUGGGUGGAGUUGGUACAAAAAUUCACUACUAAAUUUUUCCCACCUGCUCGUGUGGCCAAGUUAAAACACGAUAUAACCACUUUCCAACAACUUGACUCUGAAAACUUUCACGAGGCUUGGGAGAGGUUCAAGGACAUGCUAAGAAAGUGCCCAAACAAUGGGAUUACUUUACUACAACAAGUCCAGUACUUCUACUCCAGGUUAACUCCUUCUUACCACUCUAAUGUUGACUCAUCGUCAAACGGAUCUAUCCAAAACAAAAGUAUCCGAGAGGCGUAUGAGCUAUUUGAGGUGAUGAGUGAACAGAGUGCCAUGUGGCCAAAUAGACGUGCUAAAGUGGGAGUUAGUGGAGCUCGAGAGAGUGAAGCAUACUCUCUUAUGUUAUCAAAGAUUGACUUUCUAGCACGAAAAGUAGAAGGACUUUCUACUUCGUCAUCUGGCUCUCAUUCACCUCAUAUGGUCCAAUCCCCACCGAUCUGUGAAAUGUGCGGAGCUAAUCAUUUGAGUUCAAGUUGUCCGUUGAUUGCCAGUAGUUCGGGAUCCACCGAGCAUUUGGCAUAUAUACAAAAUUUUCAACGCCCUGGGUACAAUCCUUACACUCAAACUUAUAACCCUGGAUGGCGUAAUCACCCUAACUUCUCUUAUGGGAAUAACCAGACUGUGUUAAAUCCUAAACCACAAAAGAAGAAAGAAGGUUGGGAAGAGGCCAUUGCUAAGUUAGCAAAUCAUCAAUUGCAAUACCAAGAACACAAUGAUGCCUCGUUGAAAAAUUUGGAAAGGCAGUACAGCAAAAGGCUCGAGCUGACUAAGAACCAGUCGUUGCAAGCACCUAAAGAGGUUGUUGAAGAAGAUAAGACUGAUGAACAAGAGCCAUUAACAUCAAAGACUCCAAUUCCAGUCAAAGCCUAUGUACCUCCCAUUCCUUUCCCUCAAAGGCUCCAGAAGCAUAAACUGGAUAUUCAAUUUGGUAAGUUUUUGGAGGUGUUUAAAAAGCUACACAUUAACAUUCCGUUUGCAGAUGCUCUGGCUCAAAUGCCGAGUUAUGCGAAGUUCAUGAAAGAUAUCCUUUCUAACAAAAGGAAACUUGAAGAGCAUGAAACGGUGAUGUUGACGGAAGAGUGUAGCGCCAUUCUCCAGAACAAAUUGCCUCCUAAAAUCAAAGAUCCAGGGAGCUUUACUAUUCCAUGUGCUAUUGGGGAUCUUAAUUUUACUAAAGCUUUGUGUGGUCUCGGAGCGAGCAUUAACUUAAUGCCCUUGUCUAUUUUUGAAAAGUUGGGAAUGGGAGAAGCAAAGGCUACUACGGUAUAA